UCCCCUAUCUCUGCUACUUCGAUCCCUCUAGUCCUCACCAUCCCAAGGAUUUUCCCUCUGAUCAAUUUUCUUUCGCAUUCCCUUCGUGCAGUUUUGAUUUUCUUUGAAGCUAAACGCUCCUACGCCCAGACAUGAAAUUCGGAAAGAGUCUCAGCAAUCAGAUCGAGGAGACGUUACCUGAGUGGCGGGAUAAGUUCUUAUCCUACAAGGAGCUCAAGAAGAAGCUGAAGCUCCUCGAGCCAAAAGGCGGCGACAGGCCGACCAAGCGCCCGAGAGUCGAGACCGGCGACCCCACCGCCGGAGACGGGAAGGAGAGCAGGUCCAAGGAAGAGAUCGAUUUCGAAAGGCUGCUGGAGAACGAGCUCGAGAAAUUCAACGCGUUCUUCGUCGAGAAAGAGGAGGAAUACAUUAUCAGAUUGAAGGAGUUGCAAGAUAGGGUGGCAAAGGCAAAGGAUUGCAAUGAGGAGAUGAUGAAAACUCGCAAGGAGAUAGUGGACUUCCACGGAGAGAUGGUUUUGUUGGAGAAUUAUAGCGCCCUUAACUAUACAGGUUUGGUCAAGAUACUAAAGAAGUAUGACAAAAGAACUGGUGCUCUCAUUCGCUUGCCCUUCAUUCAAAAGGUCCUGCAAGAGCCCUUCUUCACCACUGACUUGCUCUACAAGCUUGUGAAGGAGUGUGAGGCAAUGCUGGACCGACUCUUCCCCAUGACUGAAACCCUGGCUUCAGCCGAGGCAGUCGAAGAUGGGGAUGGGGAAGACGCGUGUGACCCUACAACUUCUGCCUCUACCAAGAACGACGGUCUGCUCAGUAUGCCCAAGGAACUUGCGGAAAUCGAGUAUAUGAAGAGCUUAUACAUGAAGAGCACUAUUUCAGCACUGCGGAUUUUGAAGGAAAUUCGAAGUAAAAGCUCGACUGUCAGCGUUUUUUCAUUGCCACCGCUGCAAAUUAGCGGACUUGAGGAAACAUGGAAUACAAUUCCAGUCCUGGAAUAAGUAGCCAAGUAGUUGGGUUUGGAGAAAGGGAUUAUUGGGAAAGAGUAUAUCCUAUUUGUUUUUUAUAUCAUUUUUACUUUGUCUCUUUUUUUUUUUUUUUUGCUUUCUAUUUUCAGGUAUCCCUUAUGAUGCCUUAGAAUACUAACACAUGUAAAAUGCCAAAAUCAACCUGAAAUGAAUUCAAUAGAAAUCAUAUGUUCUGUA